AUGUCUCGGAUUCUUCCUUCUGACGACGCAACGAACCCUUUGCUACGGACAGCGAGGGUAGGGCCUGUGGCAGCUGCAGACGAGACAUGCAAUGUCCCGACAGGAGCACACAGUAACGGGCAUGUUGAGGCCUCGCUGGUCAAGUGGAACGAGCCUCGCAUCAACACAUGGAGGGUUCUUGCUACCUUCUUCAGCUUCAUCAUAGUCGGAGCUAAUGAUGGAACAUAUGGCGCCCUGGUUCACUAUCUCGGCGAAUACUAUUCCAUCGACUACGCCAUUCUCUCCCUGGUCUUCCUUUCACCGUGUAUAGGGUACACCGUCGCAGCCCUCGGGAACAGCUGGCUGCACGCACACUUCGGGCAGCGCGGCGUGGCACUGCUAGGAUCAGGAUGCCAUCUGCUAGCCUACGUUUCCUCCGCCCUGCAUCCGCCGUACCCCGUCCUAGUCCUGAUUUUCGUGCUGGCCGGGCUGGGAAACGGUCUUUUGGACGCCGCGUGGAAUGUCUGGAUUGGUGGGAUGGCUGACAGCAGUAGGCUGAUGGGGUUCCUGCACGGCUUCUAUGGCCUCGGUGCGGCCCUUGCUCCGUUGACUGCGACGUCGCUGAUCAGUCGCCAUGGCCAGCCGUGGUAUCGGUAUUAUUACUUCAUGGCCGCGGGGGCGUUUCUGGAGCUCCUGGCUCUCACGGCGACGUUCUGGUCGGCGCGGGGGAGUGUGGGCAAUACCCUGGAUCAUGCGCCGGAGCAUGGGGAUGGAGAUGGAGAAGGCAUUCGACACAGACAGCGGCGUGGGGGGGUUCGGGAUAGUGCGCUGAUCCAGUCAGUGCGGAAUCCCGCUACUUGGAUAAUAUGUUUGUUUAUUUUCAUUUACUCCGGGGUGGAGAUUGCCGUUGCGGGGUGGAUUUUCGAAUUCCUUGUUGACCAACGAGGGACAUCAUCCUUGCAAGCAGGCGUGGUCAAUUUCCUCUAUUGGGCUGGUCUCACCCUUGGCCGGGUGAUUCUCGGAUUCUUGACGAACUAUCUACGUGCUGAGAAAUCGACGGUGAUGGGGUACUUGCUGGCGUGUGUGGCAUGCCACUCGGUCUUUUCUCUCGUCCAUGGUUCCUUUGCGGUCUCGGUGACUACGGUGACCCUGCUAGGGUUCUUUCUCGGUCCAUUAUUUCCGGAAUCUGUUAUUGCUCUGGUUCACCUGCUGCCGAAGGAGCUGCACAUUGCCGGUAUUGGCAUCGCAGUGACGUUGGGGAGUGCCGGGGGAUGUGUCUUUCCAUUUAUCAUCGGGGCACUUGCGAACGUUGCAGGUAUUGGGGUCUUGCCAUUGGUCAUUUUUGUGAUGCUUGUUAGUUGCUCUUUCCUGUGGUUCCUCUCUGCUGUUGUUUUGAAAAGAAGAUACUAG